CAGAAAACAACGGACGGAGUAUAAUGCAACGUAGAAAGAUUGAAUAAAAAAUGAUUCAUACCCAUACGUGGAUUCUGAAUGACAUAGCCGACAUAAGAAACAACAUGAUUCGAUAGAUAUAUUGUCUUCUUCUUUAUCAAUCGGAGUAUUUUUUGGAAAUAUAAUACUUCUAUGAUUCUUUGACAUGUUAUGUAAAACACUUUGUCAAAGUUCAGAAUGGUUUCUUGAUGGUUUGCGUCGCUAAACAUUAAACAUUCACCUUUCAGACAUUUUUAUUGAUCAUUUGAACAAGAAUCGUUCAGAAUCCAAAAUAAUCAUUAGACCUUCUUUGUUCUCUUGUGUUGUUUCUUUCAUUGAGAAAGAACAAUGAAAGAAACAACAAUGUCGAACAGUGAUGAUGGAGUUGAUGAACCAUAUGAACAUUCAUUUCAGAGAGUGAAAAAGAGAUUAAAAGAUCGAUCCAAGGAAACUCAAGAGAAAGCGAAAAAGAUCAUAUCUGAACAAGCGGAACACAUUGCAAAACAAGCUGAAGAACACGAAAGAUUCAUCAAUAAGGUAACCUAUUUGUGUGGUGUUUUUGGGUUCGGAGGAUUUUGCUUUCUACUUGGGGCAAGGCCACAAGAUAUUCCCUAUGUAUACUGUCUAUUCUAUCUCAUAUUUGUUCCAGCUAGAUGGGUUUAUUACCGAUACAAGAAAUGGCAUUAUUAUCUUCUGGACUUUUGCUACUAUGCUAAUGCAAUAUUCUUGAUUAUGCUUCUUAUGUAUCCCCAAAACGAAAAGCUUUUCAUGGUUUGCUUUUCAUUUUCAGAGGGGCCAUUAGCAUGGGCAAUUAUUGUGUGGAGAUGCAGCUUAGUUUUCAAUUCCAUUGAUAAAAUAACUAGUGUCCUUGUACACUUGUUACCUGGUUUGGCUUGCUUUACAAUUCGGUGGUGGAAUCCAGCCACCUUUGCGGCCAUGCAUCCUGAAGGAACUGCUCAAAGAAUCUCAUGGCCUUAUGUAGAAAACAAAUUGUACCUGUGCACAUGGCUGUUUGUAGUGCCUCUAAUUGCUUACACCCUUUGGCAAGUUCUAUAUUUUUUGAUAGUAAAUGUUCUGCGUAGACAGAGACUGUUACGAGAUCCAGAAGUCAUGACUUCUUACAGGGAACUUUCGAAGAAAGCACAGAAAUCGAACAGUAUUUGGUGGCGCCUGAGUAAUUUACUUGGGGACCAGAAUCGUAUGUUGAUGUAUAUUGUUUUUCAGGCUCUGUUCACUGUGACAACCAUGGCACUCACCGUUCCCAUUUUCCUGUCAUAUGAACUGUCUGUGACCUUCCAAAUACUGAAGGUUGCUGCUGCUGUAUGGAAUGGAGGAAGCUUUUUGCUAGAAGUGAUGCCAAAACAGGUGAUUAUAAAGGAGAAAAUGAAAACAGAAAUGUAAACUCGUGAAGCUCAGCUUGAUGAAAGUUCACCUCUCACGAGUCCAGUUGGUUCUUGACGGUAUCAACACUAUACGUUACGUUUGCCCUUAUCAAUGAUCGAUUUUUCAGUCAUAUUCUUGGUGACAUAUGGUUCUCCAAAUCUAAAUGUUUGUGUUGCUUGUUGGUUCAAAUGUCGACUAAAUAGUGUUUGUAAUUAGGUCUUGUUGCUUGGCGUAGUUGUAAUGAGAACGUAGUGUCAAUUUUUAAGAGAGAGGCUUCGUGUUGAUAUUAGCCAUCAAGCCAUGGCAACAUCGGCAAGGCAUAGGUUAAACCGUCAAAUACAGAAACUUCCGAGUGUAAAUCAAAGGCUGAUAGGUUACAGGUUCUACAUGAAAUGCUUAUUGUCUCAUAAAGAAAAGUUUUGUGAAAAUUAAUGUGUAAUUUGUUGUUCAAGAUCA